UUGUUUUUUUUUCAAGGUUACAGCUCAUCCCCUUAUUGUUCCCCAAAGAAAAGUAAGGUACUUCAAAGUAAAAGUCAGCAGAUAGAAGAUAAAAUUUGUUAUUUUAAAAUAAUAAGGGCUUGUUUAACAAUGGUACUUAGAUCCCUGAGCAAUGCUGCUCGGAGGUAUUUAGGGUAAGGUACUUAAUACACAUAAUUUGUAUACUUGGAAGACAUAAGAAGCCUUGCAUUUUGGGUUUUUUGUUUUGGGGGUUUUUGGUUUUGUUCUUGAUUUUACGGUACAACUGCCUUCAGGUACCCAUACAUCUCUAAACUGAUUGUGUUUGCUGUCUGAGCCAAUUUUAACAGGUAUUAAUGCAUAUUAAAAUAUCUUCAUGGACAAAAGUUGUGGAAGGCUCCUUCACCCUCAAAUUAAUUUGCCCAGGAAAUACAGACUUAUAGGAGUUUUUUCAUAUACUCUGUGAAGGAGCCAGCAGACUUCCAGAAGGAAUUUUGACUUCUUGGAGACACAGUAGAAAAUGCAAAACGAAAUAAUAAAGCCUGCUAAAUACUUCUCAGAAGUGGAGAAGAGUGUGCUGCUUGCAUUAGUUGAAAAGUACAAGUAUGUACUUGAGUGUAAAAAGAGUGAUGCAAGAACUAUUGCUCUCAAACAGCGUACUUGGCAAGCUCUAGCUCAUGAAUAUAAUUCACAGCCCAGUGUGUCACUACGAGACUUCAAACAACUGAAGAAAUGUUGGGAAAAUAUCAAGGCACGGACAAAAAAGAUAAUGGCACAUGAAAGACGGGAGAAGGUAAAAAGAAGUAUUAGUCCGCUUAUAAAUACUCACAUCAUAGGGAAAGAGAAGAUUGCCAGCAUAAUACCUGAGCAAAUGUACUUUUUGCAGAGCCUACCAGAAGAUUCUGAGUAUCAGCCUGAUGCUUCUAGUCAAGAGUCAUUUGUUAUCUCAAAUGGAGAACUCUGUGACGAAGAGAAAGAGUUGGUACAUUUCCCAGUAUGUGAAGGUACCUCCCAACCUGAGCCAUCGUGUUCUGAUAUCAGAAUAGCAGCAGAUAAGAACUACAGAAGUAAAGCAUCUCAGGAAAGCAUUCUGAAAAAGAUGCAUGAGGAAGAACAUCAUCAGCAAAUGUCAAUUUUGCAACUGCAGUUAAUCCAAAUGAAUGAAGUUCAUGUGGCAAAAAUACAGCAAAUAGAAAGAGAGUGUGAGAUGGCUGAAGAGGAGCACAGGAUAAAAAUGGAAGUGCUAAAUAAAAAGAAAAUGUACUGGGAGAGAAAACUGCAGACCAUCACAAAAGAAUGGCCUGUAUCAUCCUUUAAUAGACCUUUUCCUAAUUCACCAUAGAAUAUAAUGUGUUCAAACUUGCUCUCUGUCCCCUUAUAAGUAAUGUGCAUUGGAAAGAGUGUUUAAAGAGAAUGUAUAGUGACCCUUAACAUUUAGGGAAACUGUGGUAUAGUCUAUGAAGAGGAAAACCAUAUUGUUCAUUUUUAAAUAAAUGCUGAUUUGUUUAACUCUUAGGUAUGCACAAUAUACUAAAAGAUGGAUACUUUUUUCC